AGACCAUUCAGGAUCAGCGGCCAUAUAUGUGUAUUUGAGAAGCCUGUGAUCUGCGGAUCCCUUCUAUAAUGAUGUGUUAUACAGAGUAAUAAAGUGACAGCCAAUAUAUUAGGGGUCUUUAUUAGGCCUCUGGCUGCCAUAGCAACCUAUCCGAACCUGGAUAUUACAGCAGGAUGGUAGAUGUACAUUAUAGCCGGCAACGGCUACUGAUGGUUCCUCUACUGACAGUCCUCCUGAUUGACUGAUGAACCAUGGAGAGAGACAGGAACAAGAUGGCCGACAGGAUCAUAAACCUCACCCUACAGAUACUCUUCCUGCUUACUGGAGAGGAUUACACAGUAGUGAAGAAGUCCUCUAGUGGGCGCUGUCGGGCCCCUGUGUGUGAAGGAUGGGUAAGAACCCUGAGCCCAAUCCUGGGGCCCCCACCUCACCCCCUGAUACAUGAGGAAAUGGAGGAACAGAAGAUCCUAGAACUCAUCAACAAGAUGAUGGAGCUGCUGACUGGAGAGGUUCCUAUAAGGUGUCAGGACGUGGCGGUCUAUUUCUCCAUGGAGGAGUGGGAGUAUGUAGAAGGACACAAGGAUCAGUACAAGGAUCAGGUGAUGAUGGAGGAUCAGCAGCCCCUCACAUCAGCAGUCAGAUCCAGUAAGAGAACAGCAGCAGAGAGGUGUCCCCGUCCUCUUCUUCCACAGGAUCAGGAUCAGCUUAUGAAUCAGGAGAAAGAUCUAACCGAUAUUAAUGCCAUAGACGUAAAGGUAAAAGAACAAGAAGAAGAGACAGAUGUGAGCGGUGAUGAGCAGUAUAAGGAGGACAUUCCUACAGGAAAAGAUCGGAACUAUAUUAAUGCUUCCGAGAUAAGGGAAGAAGAAGAGACAGAUGUGAGCGGUGAUGAGCAGUAUGAGGACAUUCCUACAGGGAAAGAUCAGAACUACAUUAAUGCUUCAGAUUUAAGGAAAGAAGAAGAGACAGAUGUGAGCGGUGAUGAGCAGUAUAAAGAGACAGAUGUGAGCGGUGAUGAGCAGUAUAAAGAGAAGCAGUAUAAAGAGAACAUUUCUACAGGGAAAGAUCUGAACUAUAUUAAUGCUGCAGACAUAAAGGAAGAAGAAGAGACAGAUGUGAGCGGUGGUGAGCAGUAUAAGGAGGACAUUUCUACAGGGAAAGAUCUGAACUAUAUUAAUGCUACAGACAUAAAGGAAGAAGAAGAGACAGAUGUGAGCAGUGACGUGCAGUAUAGGGAGGACAUUCCUGCAAGGAAAGAUCUGGUCUAUAUUAAUGCUAUAGACAUAAAGGAAGAAGAAGAGACAGAUGUGAGCAGUGAUGAUCAGUAUAAGGAGGACAUUCCUACAAGGAAAGAUCGGAAAUACAUUAAUGCUUCAGACAUAAGGGAAGAAGAAGAGACAGAUGUGAGCGGUGAUGAGCAGUAUGAGGACAUUCCUACAGGGAAAGAUCUGGUCUAUAUUAAUGUUACAGACAUAAAGGAAGAAGAAGAGACAGAUGUGAGCAGUGAUGAGCAGUAUAAGGAGGACAUUACUACAUGGAAUGAUCUGAUCUAUAUUAAUGCUACAGACAUAAAGGAAGAAAAGACAGAUGUGAGCGGUGAUGAGCAGCAUAAGGAAGACAUUCCUACAGGUAACCGCCCAGAUUCGUGUAUGCAGAGGACUACUUCAAAUGCGGUGGACUACGUCGAUGACCAUUUAUUUUUUUUUUUUUAUAAAUAAAAUGAUUAAUGAGGGCUUGUCGGGGAGUGUUUUUGGAAUAAAAAAAUUUUAGAAUGUG